CAAAAGUACAUGUAUUAUCAAAAAAAUGAAACGCAAUUAAUCGUUCUUGAAACGCAAUUAGGUCGUAACGUCGUGGAAGAGCUUGCAGGGGUGCUCUCCCGACGCGAAAACCAUGGAAAAAUUGAUCUAUGCAACGAUCUUUCGAUUUUAUAG